GACGUAUGACAUGUACUGAAAUAAUAGAGCGUUAAUAUAUUUUCUUUAUUUUUUUUAAUCAAUUGUCUAAACUCUUAUACAUACUAUGCAUCAAAAUCUAAUAGAAAAACUCAAAAUAAAAUGUGUCCUCAUAUUCAUUAUCCUAUUCCUAAAAUGUGUCUACGUAACCGAUAAUGUCAUUGACAUGUAUAGCACCACUCCAACCGGACUAUAUUAGUCCCACCCUUGCACUUUACGCAAACACCCACACAGAGAGAGAGAUGGAUUUCUUUUGUAUGGGACUAUGUCUUCUCUCUUUCUUCUGGAUCACAAUCCAAGCUUUCAAUUCAUUAGCUAAAAGAAGCAAAUCCAAUCCCAAUUCCACAAGGCCUGUUCUUCCACCGGGGCCGAAGCCAUUUCCCAUCAUUGGAAAUCUCUUAGAGCUUGGAAACAAACCCCAUCUCUCUCUCACUAAGCUCUCCCAAAUCUAUGGCCCCGUAAUCACUUUGCAACUCGGCCAAGUAACAACCGUGGUCGUUUCUUCAUCAACCGCGGCGAAAGAAGUUCUACGAACGCACGACCAAUUCUUAUGCAAUCGAACGGUCCCCAGUGCAGUCCGAGCCUGCGACAUGGGAGAGCACAGCUUGCCCUGGAUACCGGCUUCAGCCAAAUGGAGAAGCCUCCGAAAAAUAUUCAACUCCCAAUUGUUCGCAGUAAAAGUUCUCGACGCAAGCAAAGCCAUCCGGCACAAAAAAGUCCAGGAGCUCAUAGCUGAUGUCAAUGCAAGUAAGGUAAAGGGCAAUGCAAUAGAGAUUGGCAGGGCUGCUUUUAGUACGACACUGAAUUUGUUAUCGCGUACGAUGUUCUCUAUGGAUUUAGCAGAUCCGAAGAGUGAGACAACUAAAGAGUUUAAGGAGACUGUGUGGGGUUUGAUGGAGGAGGCCGGGAAGCCAAAUUUGGGGGACUACUUUCCUGUGCUUGGAAAACUUGACCCCCAAGGCAUUCAGCGGCGGAUGACUAAUCACUUCCUCAAGAUGGAACAACUCUUCGACCAAAUCAUUGCACAAAGGUUGGAAUCGAGGAAAGCUCAUGAUUAUAUCACAAGGGAUGACAUGUUGGAUGCCCUUUUAAGCAUCAGUGAAGUGAAUUGUGAGGAAAUGGACAAGAACAAAAUGGAACACCUGUUUCUGGUUAUAUUUGCUGCGGGCACAGAUACAACUUCAUCUACACUGGAAUGGGCAAUGGCUGAGCUACUACGCAACCCAAAAAAACUAUUGAAAGCUCAAGAAGAGCUGGAUCAAGUCAUUGGCAAAGGAAAACUUGUUGAAGAAUCAGGCAUUGCUGGACUCCCUUACUUGCAAGCAAUAAUCAAAGAAACCUUUCGGUUGCACCCACCAGCGCCGUUACUACUUCCUCGGAAGGCCGAAGAAGACGUAGAGAUCUGCGGGUACAUUGUACCAAAGGGUGCACAAGUGUUUGUCAAUGCAUGGGCCAUAGGCAGAGACCCCAGCAUUUGGGACAAUCCCAAAUCAUUUGAGCCGGAGAGGUUCUUGGGGUCGGAAAUUGAUGUUUUAGGCCGGAACCUCGAGCUUAUUCCUUUUGGUGGCGGGAGGAGAAUAUGUCCCGGGCUGCCGUUGGCAAUGCGGAUGUUACACUUGAUGUUGGGGUCACUUAUUAACUCAUUUGAUUGGAAGCUUGAAGAUGAAGUUGUACCAGAGACCAUGAACAUGGAGGAAAAGUUUGGGCUGACCUUACAGAUGGCUCAGCCUCUAAGAGCUGUUCCCAACUAAGUGAUUAGUAUUGUUGAAACUUAUAGAUAUAAGUCUCACAUCGAGGAAGAGUGGGUUUGUUUGUUUUUUUUUUUUUUUGGGGGGAGGGGGGGUGUUUAUAUAAUUGAAACGUGUGGGAUCCUACAAAUAAUUACCUUGAUGGGCUGAAUGAACGAUCAAGAAGGCUCAUGGCCUAGGUUAGUGACCUCCAUUGCACACUAGGACGGGUGCUCACCUAAGGCCUGCCCCAGUGGUAAUGUCCUAAUAACGACAUUGGAUUGUAACGUGAGAAAAUUGAGGCAUCCUGUUCUUCUAGUCUCAUUUGUUUCUAA